AUGCAACGACCGGUCGUACAGAUUCCAACCGGGCCACGCCCUGACUGGGAACUUGAGGAAUCGGAUGAGGAAUCUGGCCCCCUGAAGAGUGUUGCCGACAGUUCUCUGCGAAAACUCGCGGAAACAAGGUCCCAGAUGUCGUACCUCCGCCUCAUACUAUUCAAGCCCAUGGCAGUCCAUUACCUGCCGGAAGCAUCCAACCCCGCGCCACCGUAUUCGCAGGCCCCUCCCCCGCAGGCAUAUGGGCCGUACACUACUCCUUACCAGAGCUCUACAAACUACGGCUCGUACUCUCAGACAUCAUCGACCCAUCUGGCAGUGUCUGCUUUGACUGGGCAACCUCAUGCUUUACAGAACACCCAGUUGAGUCCAGCAGGCAAUGUGAUGGUGACACCUGAAAUGGCCACACAAGUGCACAUGGCCUCAGAGUCUAACCCGGCCCUCAAGGAAUUGCUCCAUGUUGCGGCCACCGGACGCGCAACGCCCGAGCAAAUGAAGAGCCUUGGUUUUCUUAUCCAGUCCCUGGGAUCUUCCCAACAGCCUGCAGGUAUAUCGGAUGCCUCGGCGCCCCAUAUCCCUGCAGCAUCACAACCUCCUCAACAUCGUGUUCGUGACUUUGACGUUGUCAUUGAAUUUCAAGAGAAGCCGCAUGACAGGUGGAUCGUUCCCCGUGGGCCAGUGGUAUGCGAACGAGCUGACGCGGGCGACAAUAUCGUGCGCACGCCCCACAUUCGCCUUUCCAUGCCUGUCCCGUUCCCGAGCACUGCAUCGUCAAUUGCUAGCAGGGAGACGUCAGAGCCCCUUGAGGAACCGAGUCCCCCGCAAGUGGCGACAUUCCGUAUAUCCCGCGUAUCACAUGCGCUUUGGACCGUCUUAGUGGCAUGGGCAGGCGGCGAACAACACAUGGCUGAGAGCCGAGCCGCACUGAAAGAAAUUAUCUCCAAAGCACCCGAGCGAACAUACUUACAGUAUCGAUUACCUGAGGGCCCUCUGUUGGAACAGGUCCAAAGUGCCGUCGCCCCUCCGUACGGCACAAAGUCAAUCGUGCCUGGUACGGACGGUGCAAGAACUAAGCGUAAAGCAUCGACACGCAAGGUCUCGAUCGCCCCUGCCCUGACCCCUGCACCAUCAAAACCGCCUGUGAAGAGGAAGCAAUCUAUCCAACUGACGCCUACAACCCCAUCACGCAUCGCAUGCCGUGCUUGUGGGCAGACCGACGUGCCUUUGUUAAUGGGUGGUAUGGUAGAAGGGUCUCAUUGGUCUGCACAAUCCAGGAUAUUGUCGAACGUGCAUCCAGAGUGGCAGAGCGGUUGA